AUGGAUUUCAAAAACAUUCCCGAGGAGAUGAAGGCCAUCCAAGUGGUCGAGUUUGACAAACCGUACAAGAUCAACACUGUUCCUGUGCCCAAAGAUCUCGCUCCAGAGGAUAUUCUGGUCAAGAUCGGUGUUGCAUCGAACUGUCAUACUGAUUCCAUGGUACAACAUGGCACAUUUGGAACAAAGCUCCCUGUGACAGCUUCCCACGAGGGUGCUGGCACAGUUGUCGCAGUCGGAAGCUCUGUCAAGAACUUCAAAGUUGGAGACCGCGUUAUGUGUGGACUUCCCUACCACCCUUGUGGUCACUGCCAGGAUUGCUACGGUCCGGAGACAUGGCGUCAGUACUGCACCAACAUUGCAGGACACUCAGGAGUGCACAGAAACGGUUUCUUUGCUGAGUAUGCCCUUGUGGAUUCUAGAAGCUCAACCCCAAUCCCAGAUGAGGUGACACUGGAAAGUGCGGCACCACUUGCAUGUGCAGGAAGAACAAUCUGGAGGGGCGUCUUAGAGGCCAACCUCAAAGCCGGCGAGUGGCUUGCCCUGGUCGGUUCUGGAGGUGGUCUCGGCCACCUAGGCAUCCAGUUUGCAAAGGCGCUUGGCCUCAAUGUGAUUGGUAUCGAUGCUAGGGAUGAAGGACUUGCCAUGUCCAAGGAGAAUGGUGCCGACGUAGUCGUUGAUGCACGCAAAGGUAAAGACAGUGUGGUUGCAGAAGUACAAAAGGUAACUGGAGGUGCUGGCGUUGAUGCAUCGAUUACUCUCAGCGACGCUGAUGACGCUGCUGGAAUGGCCUGUGCUAUAACGAAAAUGCAUGCCACCAUGGUGCAGAUUGCACAGCCAGACAACGUCACUAUCCCCUUUGCGGAGUUUGUCUUCCGUGACAUCAGAGUCAAAGGCUCUUUGCUGUGUUCCCCUGAGCAGAGUGUAAGCAUGCUCAAGUUCGUCGCGGAGCACGGAAUCAAAGUGAAGACCAAUCCCUUCCAUGGUCUCGAUAAGAUUGGAGAUCUGGUUGACCUGGUUCACGGAGGGAAGAUCCAGGGUAAAGCGAUCAUUGUGGUUGAUGAAGAACAGAUCAAGAAGGAAAAAGAAUUGGGAGCUAAGUUCUGA